AUGAUUGUUCCCUCAGACAAAGGCAACAAAACAGUUGUGAUGUCAAAGACAGAUUACAAGAAUAAAAUGAUUGAAAUUGUCUCAGAUGAAAAUACAUACACUCUGAUCAGGACAGACCGAACAUUAUCCGCGGAAACCAGAAAUAAUGAGCUAGUAAAACAACUCCAUGAUGGUGGACACAUAGAUAGCAUAACGAAGAAGGUUCUCACUACUCACAAUUCUCGCACUCCACGAAUCUAUGGACUUCCCAAGAUACAUAAGCAAGGCACCCCCCUAAGACCCAUUGUGUCUUGCAUCAUGGCCCCCACCUACGAGAUCUCAAAAUUCAUCAGCAAUAUAUUGAAACCAGUGACUAACCGAGGGGGAUACAGUGUAAAGGAUUCCUUUGAGUUUGUUGAGAGAGUGAGGACUAUAACGGUGCCAGAGGGAUAUGUCAUGGUGAGCUUUGAUGUCAUUGCGUUGUUCCCGAAUAUUCCACGAAAUUUAGCUAUCCAAAUAAUUGAUAAUAUGUGGCAGACGAUACAAUCACACACAAGCAUCGGCAAGGACCUAUUUAUGAAAAUCCUCAGAUAUUGCCUUGAAACCAGCUAUUUCGUGUACGAGGAUCAGUAUUAUCAUCAAAUAGACGGCAUGCCAAUGGGGGGACCAUUAUCCCCAGUUAUUGCAGAUUUGGUGAUGGAUCAUGCUCUUACAUCAAUCCUGAAUACCAUUCCAGAAAAUGUUCUAUGUCUGACAAAGUACGUGGAUGAUAUUUUUUGCCUUAUACCACACGAAAAGGUCAAUGACACACUGAAUGCUUUCAAUGGCUUUCAUCACAAGCUACAAUUCACGGUAGAGACAGAGACGGAUGGAGGAAUCGCCUAUCUUGACACCUAUGUCAUCAGACAGAACCAACAACUAGAAACAAUGUGGUACAAGAAGCCCAUAGCCUCGGAUAGGAUGUUGAGUUACCACUCUAAGCAUCCCCUGCAACAAAAAAUAUCAACAGCCAUUGGGCUAAUAAAGCGGGUACAAAAACUCACAACAACUAAUAGAGCAAACACCAAAAAUAUAAUCUUUAGCAAGUUAAGAGUCAAUGGCUAUCCACCGGGCCUUAUCAAUGCACUCUGGGGAGCUCAUUCAACAUCGCACUUUGACAACAUUCCCGAAAGUGACCAGAGAAUUGAUGACAUCACCUACAAAUCGCUAACAUAC